UAAAAAAUAGAAGUCUUAUGAAAAUGCUUGGAUCAGAACGUGGUGUGGUAGAGGAAUGGCUAUCAGAAUUCAAGGCAUUACCUGAAAUGCAGAUUUCCAAUUAUGCAGCAACACUUCAUCGGAAGAAAAUAUUAGUGCCAGCUCUUUAUAAAGUUAUUCAAGAUCCAAAUAAUGAGUUUCUGGAACCUGUCUGCCACCAACUCUUUGAACUUUACCGUAGUUCUGAGAUUCGUCUCAAAAGAUUCACCUUGCAGUUCUUGCCAGAACUCAUCUGGGUUUAUUUGCGUCUUACUGUCAGCAAAGAUAGGCAGAGCAAUGGUUGCAUCGAAGCCCUACUUCUAGGAAUUUACAACUUGGAAAUUGCUGACAAAGAUGGGAAUAAUAAAAUUUUAUCUUUUACUAUCCCUUCCUUAUCAAAACCUUCAAUUUACCAUGAGCCAUCUACAAUUGGAUCCAUGGCUUUGACUGAGGGAGCCCUGUGUCAGCAUGACCUCAUCAGAGUAGUUUAUAGUGACCUUCACCCUCAAAGAGAAACAUUCACUGCACAAAACAGGUUUGAAGUGUUGAGCUUUCUUAUGCUGUGUUAUAAUUCUGCUAUUGUAUAUAUGCCUGCUUCUUCCUAUCAGUCGCUUUGCAAGAUGGGUUCUAGGCUCUGUGUGAGUGGAUUUCCACGACAGAAUGAAAAAUGCUGGAAGGAAGAUGGCUGCAGAGUAGUAUUGGAUCCUGACUUCAUGGUUCAGUUACUCACUGGAAUCUAUUAUGCUAUCUACAAUGGACAAUGGGAACUUGGUCAGGAAGCCCUGGAUGAUAUAAUAUAUCGAGCUCAGCUUGAACUCUAUUCUCAGCCACUGCUGGUUGCAAAUGCAAUGAAGAAUUCAUUACCUUUUGAUGCUCCUGAUGUAUCACAAGGAGGACAGAAGGUUUUGAAAGUAGAGGUUACUCCAACAGUGCCAAGAAUUUCUCGGACAGCUAUUACAACAGCUUCAAUCCGCCGACAUCGCUGGAGAAGAGAAGAUGGCUUUGACUUCUCAAAUGAUGCUGACAUGAGCAUUCCCGGAUCUCCGAUCCUGCACGGCUCCACAGACCUAGGGAUCAAACGCAAGCAAGAGGGGGACGUACUGAUGCUCAGGACCCCUGAGCAUGGCUCACCGGAGCCCAACUUGACACCAGCCACAAAAGAGGAUGCUGAAGGAGUCAGUGGACGAGAAGAGUCUGUGAACUUCAAUGAUGCUGAUGAAGGGUUUUCCUCUGGGGCAUCACUUAGCAGCCAGCCACCAGGGACCAAACCUUCAUCCACAUCUCAGAGGGGCAGCUUAAGGAAAGGAGUUGCUGGGCUUUUGGCCAAGGAUAAGGAGAUCAUCUUGGCUACCAAAUCCACAGACAGCCCUCGAGAAUCUGCCCGUAGGCAGUACCUGCACCAGUCAGUUGACCUCAGUACAGAUGCAAUUGAAAUUACUCCCACAAAGAAACACUUGAGUUUGCCUGCUGGGCAGGUGGUACCAAAAGCCAGCAGUGUAAGCCUGAUCCGAACUGCAAGUGCUUCUUCCAGUAAAUCAUUUGACUAUGUGAAUGGUAGUCAGACAAGUUCCAAUGUUGGCAUUGGCGGUGAUGGUGUUACUAACUUAGCAGCUGGCAACUCCAAUCGUUUUUCAACCAUUAGUCUACAAGAGGACCGGUUAAGUCAAGCUGGAAAUGGUAAAGAUGUCCACUCACCAGGAGCUCCUCUGACUAAGCAGUCCCGAUCCCCAAGUUUCAAUAUGCAACUAAUAUCCCAAGUUUAACUUUUUUUUUUUACCUUCUUAUAUUUUUUCAAUUUGUCCAAUUCUUUUUUGAGCAACAUCUACAAUCUUCAUCCUAUUGUUUGAAAAUCCUGGCUUUGGUGAUCUUGUUCGAUUCAUUUAGAUACUAUACUAUAUUUUGUACUGAAACAGCAAUAAAACCUCAUGUUUUCGCCCCCUCUCCCAUAAAUGUCAUUGUGAAACAGUAUAAAAUAUACUUUAUGCCUUUUCCAAGCCUUUGGUUCUCCUUGGGUGAUGUGCAAUCCAUUAUAGGCAGAUCAGUUCCCAUUUCAACACUGUGAGUCUUGAGAAGAUUGGAGGAAAUGGAGAAUAUGAUCCCUAUCAAAACGAAGCUUCGGCUUUCCUGAGAAAUAAUAAACGGGUUAGUUUUCUCAGUCUAAAGUUCUGCAAAGACUAAUGAAUUGUGAUUUUUUUUGUCUCUUGGAACCAAGAGUGCCUCAGAGAUUCUAGUAGGACUUUGGACCUCUGAGUUAGUGCAAUCAAUUCUGUGGGAGAGGAAUAUUGUCAUUGCUUCUGAUGGCGGUUGAAAUGCACUUUGUCAUGAACAUUAGAGUAGUCUUCCUCUUCCAUCCAUCCACUCUCGCCCUCCCAAGCUUAAUGUUCAGCUACCGAGACAUGUAUAUGUGACCAGGAAACUGCUGCUUCAGAAUGAAUGGGCUGUAAGUAGACAGCAUAGGUUACAGUGCAGUUUUAAGGCCUGUGGAGCCAUGUUUACAUGUCUUCCUCACCCAGGAAACAGGGUUGUUUCUCUACAUGGUAGAAAUUUGAUAUAUAAAAUACAUUUAAAACAAGAUUAAGAAAAUGGGACAUGGGCUGUCCCAAGUAUGACUACUCAUCAAUGCUCCUUUAAAAGUUACUUUUGUAAAUUGAUAAUCUUUGGAACCUACAAGAACAAUUGAAGUUUAGGCGAGGGAGUUUUUCAGGGUGCUUGCUGUGGAAUGACUAAAUUUUAUCACUGAACAGACUCAGAAGCUUCAAAAAGGACAAGUGUUCUCCAGCGGGAAAUGCCAAGAACAGAGGCAAUGGCUGCUGAAAAUACUGAGGCAUCAGUUAUCCUUAAAAUCAUUUCUCAAGCAGUGGGGUUUUUUGGCAGCUUUCUCUUUCCAAAGGAAACAAUUCACUGCCUAUAUUUUGAUCAAUCCAUUGCAGUCAUAUUUCAUAUAGUUAAUGUAAUGCGGGUGUAUGUGGGGGAGCUAAAGAUAUUAUCUCCUCCACUUUAAUCUGGGAAUGCAUACUGUUGAAUUUAACCUUGAAUGCAUGUGGUGUGUCAGCAAUACGUGAUAUCUGUGCUGUAGAUCACUGCUUUAAAUUGCAUUUCUUAUUCUAAAGAAAGGGUUCAUCAUGUUUUGAAGAGUAAUGUAUACAUGAAAAGCAAAAGGGGGCUGUUUUGCCUUCUUAUAUUUUUGCUGAACUUUGACCUGGAAUUCUGUUGACAGUUAAUGAAAGGAACAGAUAUAAGUUAUAUUCCUCUUCCCCCAAGUAACCUUUUGAAUUAAUUAUAGGUUGAAGAGAUUCAAAAUAAUAAUACUUUAUUUUCAAAAGGGUCAGAGGUUAAAAUGUUCAGAUUACUAAGUGCCAUUAUUCUGCUAAAGAAAAAUUUAAGUUUAGUUGAUAAUUUCCAAUUCUACUCUCUUUUGUCUUUCUUCCUUGACUUUUGAUUUGAAUCUGGAGUUUGUCAGAAGAAUUGUAGCUAAAGUAAUCCUCAUUUUAAAUUAUUAGUAUUACACUAAGUUGUAGUUACUUUGUAUAGACACUCAUUAAAGCAAAGCUAAUGUCAAAUUUAAUUCCAAUAUUACUGAAACUCAGGAAUGUUUCCAAGUGAUUCACUGUAAUUAUUGAAUAUUCAGAAUAAUUUUGAAUAAUAUGUAUAAUGUAGGUUAGACUUCUUGAGCUCUGAAGCCAUCCAUUACAGAAAACUUCAAAAAGUUUCUUUGUUCUGUAGAAAAAGUGAAAAGGGGCCUAGGUGUAUGUCUUUAUUUUUCUAGAGAACUAAUAUGAUUCCCAUAUAAUUCAGCAGUCUUUUUUAAUAAUAGAAAUUAUGACCAUUAUACAGAGAACUGCAUGAAUAGUUUUAUAGCUAGGGACUUUGGGCUUUCAAGUGUUAAAUAGUAGUUUAUUGUGCAACAUAUUAAACUAUGUUUGCAUCCUUCUGAUUUAAUGGUGUGAAGAUCACCAAAAUGAUUAUGACCAAGGUGACAGGAUUUUUUUAAAAAAACCAUUGGUUACAAGCCUGUGGUUACACUUAGAGUAGCUUUUUAAGAACCAGAUCCAUGUAUUCUACAUAGCAAAAACAUAGUUAAAAAGAAAUAUUGCUGUAAUUAAGACCAGUUAAUUAGACCAAUUUGUUCUUUUUGAAAGAAAUUUAACAUGUUAAGCUUUUUUUAUUUAAAAAAAUCUGUAUGUGGUUGUAUACACAUAAUAUGCAGAAAGCCUAAUUUACAUAUUGAUGAUUGGUAGCCUGCUAUCAAACUGGAAUGUGUUUAAUUGUGCAAAUCUUCAUCUUAAAGAGGUUAUAGUUUAUUUUUUUAAAUAUUGAAUAAAAUAUAUAUUGUAUCUUCUCAACGUAUUAAAAUUACAAUGUGUACAUAUGUUGGGGUAAUGACUUCCUUAUAGAAUUAGUAAAGUGAUUGUUUUCUUAUGUGCAGUACAAUUUUCUGUAUUUAGUUCUUUUGCUUUUAGUUAUCAUUUGACACAUUAUAACAUAUAUGGGUUUUUAAUUUUAGUUUGUUUUGUACAUUGUUCAAAUUCUGUUCCUAUUUUAAUAUGCAACUUUCCCAUACUGUGGACUCAAGUAUGAAGCUUACCUUGUUUCUGUGUCUUUAUGAUGGAGAAAACACUGCUUCAUAUCUUUUCUUAAAUAUGUGUCUUACUUGAGAAUAUUAAUUAGUCCUCUUAAUAGGUCAUGCUAGUACUGCUUCAACAUUUGUUGAUGUAUUUGCUGCUAAACUGUCCCAAAGUUUUUGCUAAAAGCACUGUAUUGAUGUGUAUUUGAAGGUUCAGACUCAGUGGGGAUGUAACAUCUUCCUUUGUUUGUUAUUCGUGGUGAGAUUGUUUCUUUCCUCUUAGCAUCUUGGGUUUGCUUACUCUUGCCCCCCUCCCCCCAAUCUGGAUUGAAUUGCACACUAGCUUUUAUGAUGUUGACCAUGAACUAUCCAAAAGUGUGUAAACUUGCCAUGUAUGCUUACCAAAUAUAUAGACACUCAGUCACCACCUUUCAUGUGUUACUCAGAAAGUACUCUGUGGUUCACAAGCUCAUUGUAAUCUAGAGAGAGUGAGAGUUAAAAUACUCAAUUAUGAAAAGGAAGAUGGGAAAGAAUUAAAAAAUGGUGGCACCUGAGUGAAGAUACAACAGAUCAAUGCUUGGUGUAGCUUGUAAAAUUCAUUGAUAUGGAAAUGAAAUAGAAUUAGAUUGGCACAGAAGUCAGAACUUUCCAUUGAACCUUGUAAUUUACCAUUACAAACUUUUUACUGGAUUAUAGGCAACAGUAAUACUCAGAAGGAUAUGACAGAUAUUUGUAUUUAAAUAUUGUUAUACGUAUAUCCUGUUAUAUAAUAGCUUCUGUAAAGUAGAAAUGGCAGUUCUUACAAUAUUUUGUUCCAGUUUCACAGUGGAAAAGAACAAAGCAUCUUUAUAUUUUGUGCAUGUGUUGACCGAAAUGCCUGUAUAAAAAUCUGAAAACAUGAUUACAAGAUCUAUGAACGAAACUGGGUAGGACAGUAGUCUGAAAUAAUAUUUUUACUUGCCUUCUUCUCUGGAGAAAUAUGUAAUCAUUACCAUAUUGUAAAGACUAUCCUGCCAUUACUUUUGCUCUAGUUUUACAUGUAAGAAGAGGAAAGGUAUAGUUACAUGGUUAUUAACAAAUGUUUGAUUAUUUUAGUUACACCAUUUGACCUUGCUUGUUUUUUUUCAUAAUAUAGACAAUAAUAUGAGAAUAAGAUUAAUCAUCUCAUUGAUUACAAAACUAUUUCAAACAUUGCUAAUGUGCAAUUUAUGGGCAGCUCUUUCAAUGAAUUCUUAAUAAGUCUUUCAUGUAAAAGUAUGCAUCAUUCGAUACCAGAAUGAUGAAUUUGUAUCACAGUGAGACGUUGCUUAAAAUAUAGUGUUUUUCAAACAUAUAAAGUAUCUGAUUCAUAAACUGGGUGUCUUGUGUCUUGAUGCUCUUUGUAGAUUUAAAGUAGGCAAGUUCAUAUAUUUUACAACUGAAAUAAGGAAAUCAUAAUAUUUUCAGACUUUUGAUUUGCACUAUUUUAUGGAAGUAGUUUUCUUUCUGUUGGGGAAUGGAUAUGUGCAUGUAUAUAUGUGUGUAUAUAUAUGUGUGUAUACCCACCCACAUACAUACAUGCAUAUACAUAUAUACAUACACAGAUGUGUACAAUUUGUCAGUUGUUGACAAUCAAUUGCUGUUGUUUGCAAGAUGUAAUUAUAAUAGUAAUGUAAUAUUCUGAAACAUAUAUGUAUAUAUUUCCAAAUGUUUGUUUAAUAUUUUUUCAUUAUUAUCAGUAUUUAUCUUCAGGGAAUAGAUUUUCAUCAUCUUGUUACAAAUACAUUUUGAAGGAGUAAUUUGAGUGCUGGUAGUACCAUCCAAAUGCCACAGAUUAUUUUUUUAAUUAGUACAAAAAUUGCAGCUUUUAACAAAUAAUUAAGAAGAUGAAAUUGACAAUUUUAUUUUAGACUUUAAAGAACAUAGGGGAAAAGACAAAUCAAUCUAAAUACUAUUUGCAUGAAUUAUUUUAAAAUUUGUUUUAUAAAUUUCUGGAUAAUUGCACAUCAUGCAUUAUAAUUUUAUUGCUUAAAAUAAAACAAAGCUUCAUAUUCAACCAAUUAAAAUUAAUAAUUGCCAAAUACUAGUAAUUUGAUUCAUUGCUUAAUACUAAAUGCAAUGUAUAAAUUCAAUAUUGGGACAUUAGUAGUAUACAUGCAAAACCACUUAGAUGAAUCCAAAGUUGGUUCAGUCCAACUGUUGAACACUAAUUUUUUUAACACAACAAAGUAGACAUGUCUGUGACAAAAGUUUUUAUUCAUGGUUCAUUAGGAAUUAAACUUAUUUCCUGUUGUUAGUGUUUCUGCAUUAUACCCAUUAUAAUUAUUCACAUUCAUUUGUACUGUUAAAUCUUUUUAAUAUUGCAUUCAUUGAUAAUAAUGAAUGAUAAUAUUGCAUCCAAAUAUUCACGGAAUCAUUCAAAUAAAAACCUUUAAUUUCUUUUUAAUUAAAGGUUUGAUUCUCUUUCAUUUAAUUCUCUUUUAUUUUUAAUUUCUCAAAUAUGCUUUAGCAAAAAUACAUAAUACCACUAUUAACCUGAAUAUCCAUCUUAAUUUUAUGCUAAUACAUCAAAUACUAUUUUGAAUAAAAAAUUAAUUCUCCCUUUUAGUUUUCCCCAAAUAUUUUUGUAUUGUGCUUUUGUAAAAAACCUUCACUUUAUGUGCAGUAAGAUUUUUAAAAUAGUUUGCACUUAAAACAUAUAACUGCUUAAUUUUGUGGAAAAUAAUAUAUUCAAACUCAAAUCCCCUCAAAAAGCAAGUGGGAUUUUAAAAAUUGGUUAUUUGUAUGUAUUCGUACACCCAUUUCCAUUAUAUGUAAAAUUUAAAUACAAUAAAAUAUACAAGGGGUACAAGUUAGGAUAUCCUUUCUUAAAUCUGUCAGAAUUGUCAAGGCUGCAGUAUUGAAUUGCAUAAACUGCCAUAUAUGAUUAGAGCACAACUUUUUAAAAAAACCAUUGAAUUGUUUUUGUAAAUAUAUUCAAGCCUAUAGUAAGUAUAGUAAACUUGAAAAUAUAUAUUCAAAAUUGGUUUGCUGUUCUUCCCAGAAAUAAAAUUUCAAAUGUAUAGUCAUACCAUAAUUUGUAAUAAGGAGCAUCAAUUUUAUGCUGAGACAUUUAAUUUGCAAAGUAAUAAAUAUUAGUGAGUACAAAAACAUUUCUGUAUAAUUUUGAAUUCUACUAAUUUUAAAAGCCGAUUACACUAAAUAUUAGAGAAUUAAAAUUUGCAGCAUCCAUUGGUACUAGAAAACAGAAACAGAAUAUUUUGGUGCUUUACUUCAAAUGGGACCAAGAUUAUUUCUGGCAUUAACAAUAUAAUAUCAAUUCAUGCAGUUAAUCGUUUAUCAUGUUUAACCCAACCCAAUGUCUUUAUUCUACAAAUAAAAUACUUGAAAUUAGUAGAUAGUGGGGGAAAAAGCCUAUUUAAUUUACACUGGCUUAUCAACGUUGAUUUUGUUUUUACUUGAAUUUUUACUUCCAAUCAACAUACAUGGUUACUCAUCUGUAAUGUUUCUGUUUAAACAAUUACAAUAGGCAUUCUGAAAUAUAUUCAUGAGUGUUUCAAAUUUUACACAACUUAAAUAGCCUUCAUUUUGAAAUUACUUUUUACAGUAUUAUCAUUAGUAUUUAGUAUUAGUAUUUCUGAAUGUAUUGUUUAUAAUUGGAAAGUAGAAGUAGAAACUUGAAAUCAGCCUGUUUUUUGCAAGGUCAUCUCAGACAAGAUGAUUAGCUUAACUUGGUCACAUUAAAACAUUACUCCUGGAUUUGAAUAAAUUCUGACAAGCUACUGAUGGUGAAUGGAGAUGUUAAUUUUUAAUGUUUGUAAACAGAUAUCCUGACUUACAAUGUUUGAUUCUAGCUUGUUUGACAAUAGUUACAUAAGCUCAACUUUCAAAAGCAUUGUUUUCCCUUCACACCUUCCAUCUGACCAAUUAUUAUCUGUCAUACAAAGGUUUAUUAUUAAACCGAGAUUUCUGAAGGAUUUACUGUUCUGGCAUUAUGUAACCUAUUUUACCUCAUUUACAAAAACCAUAGCUAGCAAAUAGCCCACUUAUUUUAUAGAAAAUCUGUUUGAUGAAAGGAGUUGAUUUAUGUUAAUAUUCCACCAGUAUAUUGGUAUGAUAUUUGAAACAAAUUAAAAUUUGGUGCUGGUGAAAUGUUAAACAAAAUGAGUAUGUAAUAUAAAUGCAGUCUUUGUGGCCCUAACUUGGGACCUGUGAAAAACUAUUAACAGAGCUCAGAUGACAUGUUUUUGAAGAUCAUUAUACUGGUGCAUGUAAGCCAUUAUUGUAACAGUCUUACUGAAUCUGGUUAAUGUUGAACUGUGUUAAGUGUUGAAUUUGUAAAUAACUGCCACAGAUAGAUAAUAUUUUGAAUCAUUGUAAAUACAGGUGUAUAAAAUUAAAACUAAUCUGGCAACACAGAAUAUAUAUGUAUUUAUAAAAGGUGUUUAAAUAAAUAUUGUGCUGUUUCUGGAAAAAUGGUCACAUUGUCAUAUUUUCCCCAGUAUACUUUUACAUGAGCAGUAUAUGUUCUUCUCAUAAAACAUG